AUGGUACUGGAUGAGCGAAAUCAGAGCUCAGUGACGCAGUUCAUCCUCCUUGGCUUCUCAGAAUACCCACACCUGCAGGCACCCCUCUUCCUGGUGUUCCUGGCCAUCUACACAGUCACUGUGGUGGGAAACCUGGGCAUAAUUCUGGUUGUUAGGAUCAACCCCAAGCUCCAAACACCCAUGUACUUCUUCCUCAGCCAUCUUUCCUUUUUGGACAUCUGUUAUUCCAGUGUAUUUACACCCAAACUGUUAGAAAUCUUGGUUGUAGAAGAUAGAUACAUCUCCUUCAAGGGAUGCAUGGUACAAUUUUUCUUUAUCUGUGCAUUUGUGAUUACAGAAAUGUUCAUGUUGGCGGUGAUGGCUUAUGACCGGUUUGUGGCCGUUUGUAACCCUCUGCUCUAUACAGUAGCCAUGUCUCGAAGGCUCUGUGCGCUCCUUGUAGCUGGAACCUACACGUGGGGUGGACUGUGUUCCUUAACAAUCACAUACUCUCUUUUGGUACAAUCCUACUGUGGCCCUAACCUCAUAAAUCACUUUGGCUGAGAGUACUCGGCCAUCCUCUCUCUCUUCUGUUCUGACCCCUCCUUCAGUCAGAUAACAUGCUUCAUCAUAUCUGCAUUCAAUGAGACCUGCAGCCUCCUGAUAAUCCUCACCUCCUAUGUCUUCAUCGUUGUCACAAUCAUCAAGAUGCCUUCCACAGGUGGACUCCGAAAAGCCUUCUCUACCUGUGCUUCCCACCUGACAGCCAUCACCAUUUUCCAUGGGAUCAUCCUUCUUCUGUAUUGUGUACCCAAUUCCAAAAGCUCAUGGCUCUUCAUCAAAGUGGCCACUGUGUUUUUUACUGUCAUGAUCCCUAUGCUCAACCCCCUUCUCUAUAGCUUGAGAAACAAAGAUGUGAAAGAGACGGUCAGGGGUUCAUCAACUCCAAACCGCUAG